CUCCCCUAUAUAAGAUGUGGCGAACAUAUGCAACUCUCUCUGUGUCUGCUUUGAGGUUGGUUCUAGAAUCGGGGGGUGUCUAGAUAUUAGGUGCAUUCCAUGGGCUCUUUGUUCGGUGACUGGCCGUCAUAUGACCCUCACAACUUCAGCCAGCUCCGGCCCUCCGAUCCUUCCACUCCUUCUAAAAUGACACCUGCUACCUAUCAUCCAACUCACAGCCGGACCCUUCCCCCACCUGAUCAAGUGAUAACUACCGAAACCAAAAAUAUUCUUUUGAGGCACAUGUAUCAGAAUGAUGAAGAGAAGUUGAGACAAAAGCGAGCUGCAUCAGAACAUCUUUUACCAGAGCAUGGAUCCAAGCAACUUAGGGCUUCUGUCUCAGAUAAUGCAAAACAAGCUUAACUGCUUCUGGCAACGGGACCCGACUGAUGUUGCAUGGAAAUUGGAAACAUACCGAUCAAUGUGAAUAGUUUUGUCAGUGUCAAAGAUGCGUGGUGUGUGCCCUGUCUUAGACAAAAGGGGUUUGCUUGCGCAUUGUUGUGAAAGGUGCUUAACCAUACAUGUAAACUAUGUGUGUAUAAACUAGUUAUAGAGCUUAAAUGGAAUUAAAUAUUUAGAUGCAUGCUUUGCUUUAUGUUAUCGUUCUCUAUAUGUCCAAGUUCUAUCUCGCAUUUGAGCGAGGAAUCAUUCUUCGCGCAGAAGAUGCAUGUAUAAGGUGGUUCCAGGUUCAGAAGGUGCAUGCCAGAGAGCAAUGUGCUACAUAGUAUUCUGUCUUUUUCUUGGCUUGUUAAAACGUUUUAAAGGUGUACUAACAUUUUCAUGUGAUUUGUUGAUUCACAUAUGCG